CCUCUGUUGUUUGUUCGAGGAGGAAAUUUUUUUUUACAGAAGGCGAAAAAAAUCAAUCAUCACCGUCAACUUGGUGGCUCUUGCGGACAACAUACAAGGAGAUUGAUUCCUCCGAUUUUCCUGAAAAAGAGGGAUUUUUAUAAUCAUUUGUUCUCGGAUUCGAUUCGUCUCCUACCUCCUUAAUGAAUCGCUAGAUGCGAGAGUUGAUGAUUCGACUUGGGUUGUACCCACUAGAGUCUUCAUUUAAGUAUACUAGCAAGGAUAACAAUGGAGGCUCGUCCAUUUCAGAGAUCAGGUUCGAGAGACCUCAGUAGUAACCUCGCCCGCACUUCUUCUAUUCCAUCUGUACCAAAAUCGUCAGCAGCAGAAGAUGUUUUUAUGAGAUCAGAAAACAACAGUCAGUUAAUGUCGAGGCCUUUAGGACAAACCUACCAUUUGCUUUCCUCAAGUAAUGGUGGAGCAGUUGGACAUAUAUGUUCUUCCUCAUCAUCGGGUUUCUCAACUAAUCUUCAUUACUCAUCUAUGGUGUCUCAUGAGAAACAACAACACUACACAGGAAGCAGCAGUAAUGCUGUUCAGACAUCGAGCAACGAUAGCUCUUGGUGUCAUGAUUCACUGCCAGGGGAGUUUCUUGAUUUUCCUGAGAACCACCAGGCGAUUCAGAACAGCAGUCAUAUUGAGGAUGGUGGCAUUGGGGCUGCGUUUGAUGACAUUCAAAAACGAAGUGAUUGGCAUGAAUGGGCUGACCACUUAAUUACCGAUGAAGAUCCAUUGAUGUCUACUUGGAAUGAUCUCUUGCUUGAAACAAGUUCCAAUUCAGAUUCUAAGGACCAAAAGUCACUGCAAAUUCAGAUUGUUCAGCAGCAACCUUCUCCAUCCGUGGAAUUACGACCUGUUAGCACAACAUCUUCAAACAGCAAUAACGGAACAGGCAAGGCACGUAUGCGCUGGACGCCGGAGCUUCACGAGGCUUUUGUUGAGGCUGUCAACAGUCUUGGUGGCAGUGAAAGAGCUACUCCUAAAGGUGUACUGAAGAUAAUGAAAGUUGAAGGCUUGACUAUAUAUCAUGUCAAAAGCCAUUUGCAGAAAUAUAGGACAGCUAGAUAUCGGCCAGAGCCAUCAGAAACUGGUUCGCCAGAGAAAAAGUUAACACCGCUUGAACAUAUAACAUCUCUUGAUUUGAAAGGUGGGAUAGGUAUUACAGAGGCUCUGCGACUUCAGAUGGAAGUACAGAAGCAACUCCAUGAGCAGCUCGAGAUUCAAAGAAAUUUGCAACUCCGGAUAGAAGAACAAGGCAAGUACCUGCAAAUGAUGUUCGAGAAGCAAAACUCGGGUCUUACCAAAGGGACAGCCUCAACAUCAGAUUCCGCAGCCAAAUCUGAACAAGAAGACAAGAAAAUUGCUGAUUCAAAGGAGCUAGCAGCAGAAGAAACCAGGAUUUGUGAGGAGCCAGAAUCUCCAAAGGCAAAGCGCCCCAAAACCGACAAUUGAAAGAAUCCCGCUUGUUGGAAAAUUCGAAGUUUCAGAGUUUAACAGUGCGAGAGCUCUUAUCUUGAGGUUCUUCAGGACUACUCUCUCUACUGUUGAACUAUUUUUCUGAUGGAAGACUCUCUCAAUCAGCUGUGUAGACAAACAACAGAUCCCCAAGGAAGAAACUAAAAAUAAAGUAAAGAUUUAGUUUGGGAGAAUCUUCAUCAUUCGAAUGUAAUCUAAAUACUCAACUCAUCAUUAGUUUUACCGAUACAGAUUCUUAUGUUAAUCUUUUCUAGAAUGUUAAACCUGGAGUUUUCCUCCACAAAAUGCACUCUUUCAGAAUGCUUAUUAAAACCUGGUUUACAAGAUGAACCUCACCAACCCUAUAUUAAUCUUUGUUUAAAUGUGUAUUACAGAAUGUUUAUAAACUUGACAUCAAAUGAUACCUCACAUACAUCUUUAUAUCUUCUAUUCCUCUAUAAAAAAAAAAAACACACAAAAAAA